AUUCGCCCAAACACACGUCACGGGGGAUGCGUGGUCUACGUGGUGCAGGAGGGUCACCCCGCAGGUCACGUCGGCGGCAGCUUCAGCGCCCUCAGGAGGUGGUGGUGGUGAGGGAGGCCACCAACUACACCCUUGGCCUUGAUCCUGAGUUGGCCAAGUUACAGUCCAUCCCGACGUUCCUGCCGAUCAUGAGAGGGGCGCUGACUGCUCCCUUCGCCCGAGACCCCGAGGUGUUAGAACGGCUUGACGCUGGGGCUAUGGUGGCCCUGUGUCGACGCUAUCAGACCCACCUGCACACCGCCGCCGCCACCACCACACACUACCAGGAUAACCUCUCUACCAAGAUUAGGGAUGUGGACGCCACAGUUAGCGGGUUGGUCUCCCAGAUGACAGACAGACAGAGGAGUUUCGCCAGGUACGCCGAGAAGUUGGGACAGGUGACGGAGGUGAGCCACGCCCUCAUCCGCUGCCACGCCUCCCUCAACCUUAUACUAGAGAGCCUCGAGACCCUAAAUGAUUCACUGCCCAUCCACGAUAGAUUAGAGCCUUUUGUCUGGACCACUGGUUGAGAUGGGGGGAAGGAGGGUAGAAGGAGAGGAAGAGAGGAAGAGGAAGAGAGGAAGAGGAAGAGGCCUUGAACCCCAUCCUCUGAGCUGGGGGGAAGGAGAGGAAGAGAGGAAGAGAGGAAGAAGCCUUGAACCCCAUCCUCUGAACUGGAGGGAAGGAAAAAUAG